GGUGAUAACCUACGUGCUCGUACUCAGUUAUUCAACCCCUUGCUUUCCCAAGCGAUGAGCUGUGUUGGUAGGGGCUGUGCUUAGGCAGUGAUGAAACUAAGAUGGCGUGUAGCACAGACAGGAUGAACGGCGGCUAAUGAGCUAGCUAAGCCUUUCUGGUAACUUUGUGCCGUAAUGGAGUGAUGUAUUAAAUUUAAAACGUCGUGUGUUUGUCCAUUUUCAACUGGAGUGUACCCUGUCAAGGAACUUGACCAACGGCUCUUCGCUUUGAUUAGAACCAGGGGCUACGAUCGCUGGGAUGGGCUGAAAGGAGGCCGCACAACUGCAGCCACCCAGAGAGUGACCCAGUGCCGAACAAUAGACCCUGUGACCAUUCAAGACACCGACCAACCAGUUCAUAUUCAAUCACAUUUGGUCACCAAUUACUCCGAAGCAAUAAUUGCCGUUUCUGAAGAAGUAUCCCGAAGAAGCACCAUCAAUUUUACAGACGAUGGAGUCGGAGGAGUUUGUGCCCCCGCCAGAGUGCCCGGUGUUCGAGCCGUCCUGGGAGGAGUUCUCAGACCCCAUGGGAUACAUCGCCAAGAUCCGUCCAAUCGCAGAGAAGUCCGGCAUCUGCAAGAUCAGGCCGCCUCCCGACUGGCAGCCUCCAUUUGCUGUAGAGGUGGACAACUUUCGCUUCACGCCCAGAAUACAGAGAUUAAAUGAGCUCGAGGCUGAAACGCGAGUCAAGCUCAACUAUCUGGACCGGAUUGCCAAGUUCUGGGAGAUCCAGGGAUCCUCCCUCAAGAUUCCUCACAUAGAGCGGCGCAUCCUGGACCUGUACAGCCUCUCUAAGAUCGUAACAGAAGAGGGGGGCUUUGAGCUGGUCAGCAAGGAGCGACGUUGGGCUCGGGUGGCCCAGAGGUUGGGGUACCCCCCAGGCAAGAACAUCGGCUCGCUCCUACGCUCGCACUAUGAGCGCAUCGUCUACCCCUUCGAGAUGUUCCAGUCUGGAGCAAGCAUGCCGACGUGUAAGCCGCGGCCCUACGACAGCGAGGAGGUGGACCGGGAGUACAAGCCGCACUCCAUCCCGCUGCGCCAGUCCGUCCAGCCCUCGAAGAUGAGCAGCUACGGCCGCAGAGCCAAUCGGCUGCAGCCAGAGGGUGCUGAGGAUCAGACCCCCCACCCUCCCACCACUGGCUCUCAACACAUCUCCUCGCCGGAGCCCACGGAGGAGGACAUCGAGAAGAACCCGGAGCUGAAGAAGCUGCAGAUCUACGGAGCCGGGCCCAAGAUGAUGGGACUCGGACUGGUGCCCCGACACAAGGCAGCCGCCGCAGCCACCGGCAAGAAAGAGGAGCUGCCUCAGACACUAACGGUGCGCGACGCGGGAGCCGCCCCGGCAGUCGCCCCAGGAGCCCCCCUGGCGGUCGCCCCGGGAGUCACCAUCAAGGAGGAGGCCAGCGAGACACAGGUGACACAGGAGGGAGGAGAGCCCAACUCCAACGCCAACGCCCCGGCACCUCCCCCCAGCCUCACGGUGAAGGAAGAGGUGAACAAGGAGGAGGGGAGUGCAGGAGGAGGUGGCGAGGGGGAUGGCAUGAAGGAGGAGAAAAAGGAGGAGGAGGAGGAGCAGGAGGCGUAUGAUGACGGAGGUGAUGACGGACCCUGCACUAAGAUGACCAUGAGACUCCGACGCAACCUCAACAACCCCCAGUUUGUGGACUCGUUUGUGUGUCGGAUGUGCGGCCGCGGGGACGAUGACGAGAAGCUGCUGCUGUGCGACGGUUGUGACGACAACUACCACACCUUCUGCCUGCUGCCCCCCCUCACGGACCCCCCCAAGGGAAACUGGCGCUGCCCCAAGUGUGUGGCCGAGGAGUGUAAGCGGCCAGCGGAGGCGUUUGGCUUCGAGCAGGCGACGCGGGAGUACACCCUGCAGAGCUUCGGAGAGAUGGCCGACACCUUCAAAGCUGACUACUUCAACAUGCCCGUCCAUAUGGUGCCCACGGAGCUGGUGGAGCGUGAGUUCUGGCGUCUGGUGAGCAGCAUUGAGGAGGACGUGACGGUGGAGUACGGAGCUGAUAUCCACUCCAAAGACUUCGGCAGCGGAUUCCCCAUGAACAACGGCCAGCGGAACCUCAACAACGAGGAGGAGGAGUAUGCUCGUAGUGGCUGGAACCUGAACGUGAUGCCCAUCCUGGACCAGUCGGUUCUGUGCCACAUCAACGCGGACAUCUCGGGCAUGAAGGUGCCCUGGCUCUACGUGGGCAUGGUCUUCUCCGCCUUCUGCUGGCACAUCGAGGAUCACUGGAGCUACUCCAUCAACUACCUGCACUGGGGGGAGCCCAAGACGUGGUACGGUGUGCCGUCGUUUGCGGCCGAGCAGCUGGAGGAGGUGAUGAAGAAGCUGACGCCCGAACUGUUCGAGUUCCAGCCAGACCUGCUGCACCAGCUCGUCACCAUCAUGAACCCCAACAUCCUCAUGUCACACGGAGUACCGGUGGUGCGGACCAACCAGUGUGCAGGAGAGUUCGUCAUCACGUUCCCCAGGGCCUACCACAGCGGCUUCAAUCAGGGAUACAACUUUGCUGAAGCCGUCAACUUCUGCACUGCCGACUGGCUUCCUGCGGGGCGCUCGUGCAUCGAGCACUACCGGCGUCUGCGUCGCUACUGCGUGUUCUCCCACGAGGAGCUGACGUGCAAGAUGGCCGCCUGCCCAGAGAAGCUGGACCUCAACCUGGCCGCCGCCACGCACCGAGAGAUGUUCAUCAUCGUACAGGAGGAGAGGAAGUUACGCAAGGGCCUACUGGAACAGGGCAUCACAGAGGCGGAGCGGGAGGCGUUUGAGCUGCUGCCGGAUGACGAGCGUCAGUGUGACAAGUGUAAGACCACCUGCUUCCUGUCGGCCCUGGCCUGCUCCAACUGCCCCGAGAAGCUUGUGUGCCUCUACCACGCACAGGACCUAUGCAACUGCCCCUCCAACAAACUCUACCUCAGGUAUCGCUACACUCUGGACGAGCUGUUGGCCAUGCUCCACAAGCUGAAGGUCAGGGCGGAGUCCUUUGACUCGUGGGCCAAUCGCGUGAAGGAAGCAUUAGAACGAGAGGAAGGCAGUAAAAUAGAUAUUAAGGACCUGGAGUUCUUGAAAGAGGAGGCGGUGGAGCGCAAGUUCCCCGAUAAUGAGCUGCUGCAGAGGCUGGACAGAGUCCUGCGCACCAUCAAGGAGUGCCAGACCACCACCCAACUCCUCCUCAACAAGACUGACAAGCCGGAGAACAGCAGGCGUAUGACUCUUCAGGAGGUGAGGACGCUGGUGGAGAAGAUGAGUAAUCUGCCCUGUGUCAUGAAGCAGCUGGAAGAAGUGCAGCCGGUGCUGCGGGUAGCAGAGGAGUUUGAGAAGCGUGCCCAGGCGCUGGCGAGCGGCGGCGGGGCGGAGUGGGGUCAGGAUCCCCCUCCCACCACGGGCCCCGGGGCCGAGGAGCUCCGCUUGCUCCUGGAGGAGGGGGCCCUGCUCCCCGUGGAGGCCCCCGCCUGCGAGAUGCUGCGGGGGCUGCAGGAGCAGGGGCGCUGGCUGGGGGACGUGCGGCGCACCCUGGGGCAACAGGGAGGACCGGGCCAGGGCCAAGGCCAGGGAGACACAACACCACCAGGUGAGGUGUCCCUGGAGGUGCUGCGUCGCCUGAUGGAGGCGGGCUGCAACGUGCCCCAGAGCCCCCAGGUGGAGACGGCCAUGGCAGAGCUGCAGGAACUGCUGACCAUCGCAGAGCGCUGGGAGGAGAAGGCCCAGAUAUGCCUCGAGCACAGGCAGAAGCAUCCCCUCUCCACACUGGAGGCCAUCGUGAACGAGGCCCAGCUCAUCCCCGUGCAGCUGCCCAACAUCCUCUCCCUGCAGGGCUGCCUCAGCAGGGCCAAGGCCUGGGUCACCGACCUGGAGGAAAUACAGAACGGCGAGCACUACCCGUGCCUGGACGACCUGGAGGGGCUGGUGGCGAUCGGGCGUGACCUGCCGGUGCACAUGGAGGAGCUGAGGCAGCUGGAGCUGCAGGUGGCGGCCGCACACUCCUGGAGGGACAAGGCCUCCAAGACCUUCCUCAAGAAGAGCAGUCAGCACAGCCUACUGGAGGUGUUGUGUCCCUCUAUUGAGAAGCGCAAGCAGAAGGGGGCGUCCACUGAGCGCUCGGACAGGGAGGUGGACGUGCUUGGCCUGACCGCUCAGGACCUACGGGAUCCUGGAGCCAUCGUCCAGGCGUUUAAAGAGGGCGAGCGGCAGGAGAAAGAGGCCCUACUCCGGUUACAGCAGUUCAACAUGGCCAAGCCCGGCCAGGACAAACCAGCCAAUGACAAGAGGGAGAGGCGGUGGAGCAGCAACUCCAUGGACACACAAGACACGCCCCCUCCCUCCUCCGCGUCCUCCUCGGACGACUCCCUCCCCCCUCCCCCUCACCAGAACGGAAGCGCAAGCGCGCCAUUGGGCAACGGCGUAACUGACUCCUCCUCACACAGCCAAUCGGUGGUGUGCGUUUGCGGCAGCUCCCAGAGCCCCGCCCCUCUGCACCGUUGCCAGCUGUGUAAAGACUGGUUCCACGGCGGCUGCGUGCCGUUCCCCGUUCCCCUCUCCCCGCCCGCCGCCGCCCAGAGCCCCCUCUGCUGGUGGGAGUGGGACACGCGCUUCCUGUGCCCGCGGUGCCAGCGGUCGCGGCGUCCGCGUCUGGAGACCAUCCUGGCCCUGCUGGUGGCGCUGCAGAAGCUGCCGGUGCGGCUGCCCGAGGGAGAGGCCCUGCAGUGCCUCACCGAGAGGGCCAUCACCUGGCAGGGGCGCGCCAAGCAGGCACUGGAGACUCCAGAACUACAGGGGGCGCUGACCAGGCUCAAGCAGCUCAGGGAGGAGCACCGGCAGGAGAAGGAGAAAGGGGAGGAGGAGGAGGGGGAGACGCAGAAGGAGGAUGGACGGGAGAAACAGAAACAGGAGAACGGGAAAGCGGAGGAGGAGAAGAAGGGGAAGGGGAAAGGGGAUGUGAUCGUGCUGUCGGACUCGGAGGGAGGGGAAGGGGAGGAGGGCGUCAUCGACCUCACAGACUCGCCCCAGAAGGCCAGUAAGAUGAACGGCUGUGAAAAUGGCAUUAAGAAAGAGACGCUGUCACACAAGAUUACAGGUGUGGAGUCUCUGCUCCCCGUGCUGGGUGACCUUGAGGGCCCGGUGCUGGAGCUGGCGUGCGCGACUCGUCUCCAGUUGGAGGAGCUGCGUCUGGAGGGCGACCUGCUGGAGGUCACGCUGGACCAGACGCGCACCAUCUACACCGUCCUAGAGGCUGCUAGCGCACCACCACGACAAGAACUACACACACUCCUACUGAUUGAGCUUGCGGAGCAGAGGAGUUCGAGUCGUAACGGGAAGCCGAAAGACAAGCGGAAGAGGAAGAGCCAGCGAGGAGAGAACGGCAUCACAGGAACCAAGAAGACGCGACCCCUCAACCACACACCACCCUCACACACACACGCAGAGAUACUGUGAUGUGAGCGUCGUCCACUCUGAAGGGAAGGCAUGAUGUGUAGUGUCGCCUCCAACAGACGACAAGAGAAGAAAGGAGGAGAGAAGAGAAGAGAAGACGAGGAAAUUACUCUGGGGGGGACGCUCAAUACUCACCACACCACACACAACAACAACCGGACUAAACAAGAGGGCACACGCUUCUCUACUCUCAUCUACUGAAGCUGCCACUCUCAUGUUACACACACACACACACACACACACACACACACACACACACACACACACACACACACACACACACACACACACACACACGUGGACAGAAACAAGGUUGUUUUUAAGAUGAUUAUUUUAUUUUUGUUAGUAAGUCUCCAUGACGAUUCUCUGGAGACACACUCCUCCUCUGGCUGCUGUUCCCUCCUCCGUCAGCUAGCCAGCUUGCCACACUCCAGUCUCUCUCUCUCUCUCUCCCCCUCUCCGUUAUUCUCUCUUCCUCUCCUCCUCUCCCUCUGUUAUUCUCUCCCCCUCCCCCUCCACACUAUCUCCCAGCCCCCUCAUCAUCAGUUUGCUGCAAUGGAGGUGAGUGGAGCAGGCCUCACCUCGCAGCCUCAGCCUCGCCUGCCUGUCUGGCCCGUCUGCUGCUUUAGUGCGGAGGGGAGGGGAGGGGAGGGGAGGGGGGGUCGGGGGAGUAUUGGCCCUAAGGUCAGUCUGCCAGCACUAGGGCCACACAUAAGCUUCUCAGACUAUCUUUCUAUUUCUCUCUCUCUCUCUCUCUCUCUCUCUAAUACCUCGGUUCAUCCAGUUCACUAUGAGGACGAUCAUGACGAGACGCCAAGAGCUCUCUCGCUCAGUUUGUUACUUUGAUUUGCGGUUCCAGCAAAGUGUUCUCUCAUACACACACAGACACACACACAGACACACACACACACACACACACACACACACACACACACACACACACACACACACACACACACACACGGAGAGUCGUCCCCACCUGUUAAUGGGACUUGGACUCCAGGCCGUAGAGGAGGGAUGAGGAUGGAGGAGGAUGAUGAUGGAUGUUGUGUAUUUAAGUUUCUCGUUACUCUGGAGUUUCGUGUUUUAAAGGAGGUUGAUUAAACGAAGAAGAGGACCCCCAUCUUGUAUUUGAUAAAAAAUAAAGCAGUAGAAUAUUUUGGGAAGUGUGAAAAACAGGCAUUAUGUUUUUUGGUGCUACUUUCCCAAAAUAAGUCUUUUUUUUUGUUUUCGAUCUUUUAUUUCUCCUUCUUUCCCUCUUUUCUUUUCUUUCUUUCUUUCUUACUUUCUCUCUCUGUCUCUCUUGUCUUUUCUUCUCGUUUGACUCCAAUAUGAGAUUUAUUAUUUCUCUAAAUCUGAGAGGUUUGUCCUCCCUUCAUUUUUCUGCACUUUUUUAUUCCCCCUCUCCUCCUCUGUUCCAUCUUUACCCCUCCAUCUCUCCUUCUCUCCUCCUCCAUCUCUCCUUCUCUUUCCCCAAUACUCCUCCUCUCCUCCUUUCUCCUCCUCCUCUCUCCUCUCCUUCUUUCCCUCUCUUCCCCCAUUACUCCUCCAUCUCUCCUUCCCUCCCUCUCUUCCCCCAAUACUCCUCCAUCUCUCCUUUUCUCCUCCAUCUCUCCUUCUCUCCAUCCCCCUUCUCUUCCAUCUCUCCUCCCUCUCUUCCCCCAAUCCUCCUCCUCCCCUGUGUAUAAAAUCUUGACUGUGACUCACUUUACCACAUCGAUCUUAUUUUGUUCCCGGGGUUAUAAUGACUAUAUUAUUAUAUUAUUAUUAUUACUGGUAUUGAUAUUGCUAUUGACACAAGUUGUCAUGAGUUUGUGUAUAAACAUUUUCAUUUCAAUGUUGCCUUUUUUGUUUCUUUUCACUCUUGUUAGGAAAAAUAAAAAUUUAGAAUUGUUUUAGGAA